AUGUUUCCGCUCAAAAUAAACACCGCGUUAGUAGGAUUAAUUGAGGGGCGUGUGUGCUUGGAUGGAGAGCACAAGGAGCCCUCUACUCUUCCUUCACCUGAGCUAAGCUCCGACAACCUCGGUCACCUGUUAUGUGCCGGCGCUUCCAUCUCCUACCUCCCAAUGUCCCUUCCGAAGUUCCACAUUUCUCGCCCCCUCCUCUCUCUCUCAAUCGACCCCUCUCUCAAUGCCCUCUCCCUCAUCAACCUCUCCUUCUCCCACUCUCACUAUUCCACUUCCAAUUCCCACACCUCUCACUAUCUCUCUCAGUUUCUCCCUCUCGCCCACUCCACCUUCCAACCCCUCAACACUAUCACCGCACGUGAACGCCGCCUACUCGUCCUCGGCCUAUCCACCGCCAUCAAAACCGACCAGGUUUUCGCGCUCAAGGUUUUCUCCCUCCGCUUCUGCCCCUUCUUUCUUGUCAAGAUCAUGAAGAUGUUUGACACUCGCCACGCCGCGUUUGCGUUCUUCAAACUAGCGUUUGGGGACAAUUCCGAGGAGACCGUUCGCUUGAGCUGCGUCGCCGCGCAUGUUCUGUCGGCCCAGGGGCUUCAACUGCUCGCGCAGGACAUGGUUUCCUGGCUCAUUGCGAGGGUUGGGGCUGGGAGAACCAACGAAAUUGUUGAGUUUAUGUGGAGGAAUCAUGCUAUGUAUGAGUCUGAUUUUUCUGUAUUGAAUACGCUUUUGCGGGGGUUUCUGAAUUUGGGUAUGAGUCUUGAGGCGUUGGAGGUUUUGCGUAUGAUGAGGGAUGUGCGAGUCAGGCCUGGUUUGUCUUCGCUGACUAUUCUCUUAAGGUUGUUGCUUAGGGUUGGUGAUUAUGGUAGUGUGUGGAAGGUGUUUAGGGAUAUGAUCCAUAAAGGGCCUUGUCCUUCAAAUAUCACGUUUAAUAUGAUGAUUUAUGGGUUUUGUAGACAGCAGAAGGUUGCGGUUGCAGAGAGUUUGUUGCAUUUGAUGCCUAAGUUUAUGUGUAGUCCUGGUGUUAUUACUUUUAACAUUCUUAUUAAUGCGUGCUGUGUUAGGGGGAGGACUUCGGUUGCCUUUGAUUGGCUGCAUUUGAUGCUUAAUAGUGGCUGUGAACCGAGUUUUGCCACGCUUACUACCAUUAUGCAUGCACUUUGCCGUGAAGGGAAUGUGGGGAAGGCGCAUAAGCUCUUAGAUGAGAUUCAGGACAUGGGAAUUGCUCCAAAUGCUGCGAUGUAUAAUACACUGAUGGAUGGAUAUUUCAAGGCGAGGGAGGUUGGUCAAGCUAGCUUGCUUUAUGAAGAUAUGAGAACUAAGGGUGUUUCACCUGAUUGUGUGACUUUCAAUAUUUUGGUUGGAGGGCAUUAUAAGUAUGGGAGAAAAGAGGAUUGGGACAGGUUUUUGAAAGAUUUGAUUGUAUCAGGAUUGUUUCCAGAUUGUUCACUUUGUGAUGUUACUGUGUCUGGGCUAUGUUGGACUGGCAGACAUGAUGAGGCCAUGGCAUUAUUGCUAGAAAUCCUUGAAAAGGGACUAACUGUUAGUGUUGUCGCCUUUAACUCGUUAAUAGGAGCCUAUAGCAGGGCAGGUUUAGAAGACAAAGCUUUUGAAGCCUAUCUUAUUAUGGUCAAGUGCGGUUUAACUCCCUCAUCGUCCACUUGUAAUUCUUUGCUCAUGAGUUUGUGUAGGAAAGGAUGGUUGCAAGAAGCUAGGAUACUUUUUUAUGGAAUGCUAGAGAAGGGGUUUCCCAUCAACAAAGUGUCUUACACGGUGCUUCUGGAUGGACAUUUCAAGAUGAAUGAUUUGGAUGGGGCUCGGUUUCUCUGGAAGCAAAUGAAAGAAAGAGGUAUGUAUCCAGAUGUUGUUGCCUUUACAGCCUUAAUUGACGGGCUUUCAAAAGCAGGUAAGGUCGAGGAGGCAUAUGAAGUGUUCUUACAAAUGUCAGCUAUGGGUUUUGUCCCAAAUAAUUUUGCUUACAAUUCUUUGAUUGGUGGCCUCUGCGAUUGCGGGAGGAUGACUGAAGCAUUAAAGUUGGAGAAAGAGAUGAGGCAAAAAGGCCUUCUUUCUGACACCUUCACCUUCAAUAUCAUCAUUGAUGGUUAUUGUAGACGGGGACAAAUGAAGUUUGCAAUUGAUAUAUUUAAUGACAUGCAACGGAUUGGUUUGCUGCCAGAUAUUUUCACAUUUAACAUAUUAAUCGGAGGUUACUGCAAAGCAUUUGACAUGGUUGGUGCAGGUUACAUGGUUAAUAGAAUGUACUCAUGUGGACUUCACCCAGAUAUCACAACGUAUAAUGUGCGAAUGCAUGGUUACUGCAGGAUGCGAAAAAUGAAUCAAGCAGUAAUCAUUUUGGAUCAGCUCAUCUCCGCUGGUAUUGUUCCAGGCACAGUGACAUACAACACUAUGUUGAAUGGUAUUUGUAGUGAUAUAUUAGAUCGAGCUAUGAUUCUUACUGCAAAAUUACUUAAGAUGGGUUUUAUUCCAAAUGUGAUUACAACCAAUAUGUUGUUGUCACAAUUUUGCAAGCAGGGGAUGCCAGAGAAGGCGUUACUUUGGGGUAAAAAGUUAAUGGAAAUUUCAUUUGAUUUUGAUGAAAUCUCAUAUACAAUACUGGACCAAGCUAACAGUUUGAAACAAGAUGACGCUGAACUUCCUUUUAAGAGGAAGGGCAACUUAGGUGCAACAGUUAGAGUUGUUGAAGUCCAACUAGGAGGUCAUAGGUUCAAGUCAUGGAAUCAGCCUGUCGCAUAUGAUAGUCAAAGUUUUAAGAUCAACUUGACUGUUUCCUACGUAAAAACUAAUGAAGACAAGGAAACUGAGAAAAAUGAGGCCAAAGCCAAGGUUAAUGUUGAGAGGUUGGGAAUUGAGUCGGAGGCUGCAGUCCCUCCUAAUGUUGCAAUGUCAAAGGGGCGAAACUUGGUGUGGGGGGCUUCAAGCUCACUCAUCAUCCAACACCUUUGCCCAAAUGCCUUUGCUCCGUCAGGAGAUAAGACAGCACACAAAGGAGAAAACAAAGAGAGGAGCCCCAAACGGACGGCAGGCAGCGGCAACGGCAACGGCGGACGAUGGCAACCGGGAGACGGCGAAGAUGGUGGUGGCAGUGAUUGGCAGCGAUCAAUAUUGUGUCGCGGGUUGGGCUGCGUCAUGUGUUGGGGAUGCAUCGUCGGUCGUGACUGCAUCGCACGUCGCGUGUCACAGGUUGGGGAUGCGCUGCCGGUGAAGGGUUGGGGUUGCAUCACCGAUGAAGGGUUGCGACUUGCGUUUGAAAUAGGUGACUGGUGGCAGCAGGCGGCGAACAGAGCCAACACAGCGAUUGAACAUCUUGGUAGGGUUUGUCUUGGAUGCUCUAAAAACGAAGGAGAGCAUACAGUCUUAGUAGUGAGCCUUUGUGCUGUAUGUUGUAAUGGCUUAGCGUUGGAAAGAAACAGUUCAGCCUAUGCCCUCAUGGAGAUUGUUCCCUUGUAUUGUAUUCGUGGGCUGAGGCAUAUGGGGAGAGCAGAGUUUAACUGUGGCUCUGAAAAACCUGUAGGUGCUCUACAGGGUGCCCUGCCAUUAAAGCCCUUCACAGAAAAAUAUGGCAUCAUAGUACGGAUUUUGUACUUUCUGGGUGGCUCUUGGAUUUAG